AUGAACUCCCUCCAGGGCCUGGGCUCCUGGGGGAGCAACCUGCUAGGGCAGGCUUCGGAGCAGCUGGCCCCUGCGGCAGCAGCUGCCGCUGCCUCCAUCCGCUCAGGCGUCAAGGAGGUGAAGAAGUCCGUGAAGGAGAACUUGGGCAACGUGAACUUGGGUUCCGUCGCCUUCAGCGGGGAGAGCCACUGCCUGGACGGCGCCCGUGGGGCGCCCCCUCGGGAGGUCACCGAGGUGGCCUUCCUGGCGGAGGGCGCCUUUGGGGCCGUCAUGAAGGUCGCCUGCAACAGGACCGGCGAGAAAUUUGCGCUGAAGAAGAUCAGCUGCAUGGAGGGCGUGCAGGUUGCCAGCAGUUUCGAGGCUGCCGAGCGGGAAGCCAAGAUUCUUAGCGAGCUGCCACCGCACGAGAACAUCAUACGCUGCCUGGGAUACUCCAUCAGUGCGCCGAAGGGUUCAGGCGGCGGCUGCGUGAAAGUUCUGCUGGAGCUUUGCAAUGGACAUCUCCUGGACUUCCAGGACUCCAAGGGAGGGAAGCUCUCUCCCAAGGAGAUGAUGGAGCCCUUUGUUCAGAUCGCAGAAGCGGUCCGGCACCUGCACGCUCAGAGGCCGCCCAUCCAGCAUCGUGACCUCAAAGUGGAGAACGUGCUUCAGGGCGCCGACGGGAAGUGGAAGCUUUGCGACUUCGGCUCCUGUAGCACCUGCUGCUUCGAGCCGGAGCUGCCGCGGGCGCAGCUGCAGCGGCUGCAGGAGAUGAGAUCGACAAGACGGUCACGAUGCUAUACAGGCCGCCGGAGAUGGCGGAUGUGCAGCUGA